CGCCAUCUGCCAGCUCAACAGCAUGUAAACACGCCGUGAAUCUCGCAACGCUCGUUGCUUAGAAGCUUUGCUUGGAUAAUACCCGAACUAACUUGCCAAUUUCAAUUACGUGGACAAUGACAGCACCGCGACGGACUCUAAGAGAUUAUACACCGACGUGACGACGUAAAAAGGGACAACUGGAAGAUGGAGAAGGAGGGCGAAGUGACACCUGCUGAGCCGACCUGUCACUCGGGGAGGAGAAGCGAGUCAGCUGGGCAACAACGCAGCAGCUCGAACCGUCAUGUGAUCCUCUCAAACCCCCACCUUUUCCAACACGAGCCAAGAGGCAGCCAGCCAUGUGCGGGGCCGAACCGGAACCGUCCGUCAAACAUUAAUGGCGGUGACUUGUCCUGGAGAGCAAAGGCAACAACAAACAGCAAUGACCCCUUUGUUCAAAACUCAGGGAACACACAAAGAAGAGGUUUUAGGGAUUCCAGAUCGCCGAGGAUAGCAAAACCCGCUCGGGACGACUUGGCCCGAUUUGAGGUGAAAAUGUCAGACUUCCCCCAGUUGGAUGCCGGACCCUCGCACGCUCACAAAGACAGCCAGGGGCCAAAAGCGAUGGCGGAGAGACGCCGGCCUUCCUCAAAGUCAACCCCUCCCUGGGCCGAUGUGCAACAGGAGACAGCCAUGAGAGGGUCCCCGACUGUACCUGAGCUCAGACAAAUCAACAGCCACAUCCCCGCUAGCCCCACAAACCACUCCACAGUUACAUCAUGGGCUAAUGUCGCUUCUCAGCCCCCCCCUAAAGCCUCUCAGAAGGAAAAGACUGUUGUGCUGACUGAGGAGACAGACAGACAGCAGCCGGGAGAGGGAACAGCGGCAGGGAGGAAAAAACGGAAGAAAAAGAAGAAGGGAAAAGAGGCAGAUGCCGCCAACAUGCAAGCUGAGGCAGAACAGUCAACGGUCCAACAGGAGCCGCCAAAAUUUGAGGAUGAAGAGGAGUUUCCGGGUCUGGCUCCUGCUCUGAUUUUGUCUCAUCGACCGGCAAGCAAUAGAAACUCUGGAAAAGGCAAUGCAGAAAGUGAACAGGGUGAAAUGGUCCCAAACUGGGGCAAGAAUGCUACCAGAACGCCACCGACAGAGGCAGCAAAGAAAGGACAGAAAGCCGAGAAGACGUCCGGGAAGAAGAGCAAAGCUCCCGUGCAGUUGGACAUCGGGAACAUGCUGUCUGUCCUGGAAAACAAGCCGAAAUCUCAGCUAGUCAAGCACAACGUCAUUUCAGUGGUCGGAGGACUUCCUGUCAUCCACAAGCAAACGGCGGUCCAGAAGAAGACACCCAGGCAGCAGGAAAGAAUUGCGCACAACCCGCUGGACUCCACAAGCCCCCUGGUGAAGAAAGGGAAGCAGAGAGAAGUGCCCAAAGCCAAGAAACCCACUGCUCUUAAAAAGGUCAUCCUGAAAGAAAGAGAGGAGAGAAAGCAGCGACGUUUACUGGAGGAAAGAGGGGUGCUACCUGAAAACGAUUCAACGGUCACCACUGAUCCGGCACAAGACGAGCAACAGUGUGACGCUAAUCUGACAGACGAGGACGCCGGUGCUGUUUCGGGAAGUGACGAGCAGCCAGCAAACGAAACGUCAAGAGAGGGUGACGGACAAUCCGAUGGAGUGCAAGCUGACGAGGAGCAGAUUAUACAGCUCGACUUGUCCGUCACCGUGCCAGAUCGACCCAAAAUUCACAGCAGGAAGUUCAGAGAAUACUGCAGCCAGAUGCUCAGCAAAGAGGUGGACCAGUGCGCGACGUCUCUGCUGAAGGAGCUGAUCCGCUUCCAGGACCGCCUCUACCAGAAGGACCCCAUGAAGGCUCGCAUGAAGCGCCGAGUCGUUAUGGGCCUGCGGGAGGUCCUCAAGCACCUCAAACUCCACAAGGUCAAGUGCGUCAUCAUCUCGCCCAACUGCGAGCGCGUCCAGGCCAAAGGGGGCCUGGACGAGGCACUCCACAAAAUCAUCGACACGUGCCGCGAACAGGAGGUGCCGUUCAUCUUCGCCCUCUCUCGCAGGGCGCUGGGGCGCUGCGUCAACAAGAUGGUGCCCGUCAGCCUGGUGGGCAUCUUCAACUAUGAUGGCGCACAGGACUACUACCACCAGAUGAUCGAGUUGUCUUCGGAGGCCAGGCGAGCGUACGAGGAGAUGCUAGUGAGCGUGGAGCAGUCCGUCCAGGCGGAGUGCGGCGACGGAAACUUCUCUGACGAGCACAGUACCGCCAAGCUGAUUCAGCCCGAGGAGUUGGAGCCAGAGUCUCAGGAGCCGGAAUACAGGCAGCUGUGGAGGAAGCUGCUCGAGAGGGAGUCCAGCUACAAGUCAUUGAACUUUGACACGUGGCCCAGUGAAUGUAACGAAGAAAAUGAAGAUGAGACCAGUUGACAGUGGCGACUGCGGUGAGCUUCUCACGACAAUUGGACAGGAUUUAAUUGACCAGGUUCAAUGUUCUUGCUCAGAGUGGGUGGAGUAUGUGGGGUGACUACAUCAUGUGAUUGGUUGACUGCUGUAAUUCUUAUUUCCACUUGGAUGAAAUCAUGUCGUAGUGUCAAAAAAAAGAUAAUUUGCUGUUGACACCUGCAAAACGUUUGAAGAAAAAUGCACAGUUUGUCUCCUUUAAAGUCAAAUUGGUAGACGUUCCAGAAGUCAAACAAUAUUUGGAAGCAAGACUAAGUUUUAAGAACAGUUCCUGAGUUAGUUCCUAAGAGAUGCCCGACGCGGCUACAUUUUUUGAAACCUUUCUACCACUUGCACUUAUCAGCCCAUCUCCAAACUAGCUUCAAAUGUUAACCGGAAAGAGACAUUUAGUUUUUACUUUGGAGCAAAUUUUUUCACUUUUUCAGGUCUUGAUAAUGACACUACUGACUUUCAAUCGUUAUUUUGAGUUUGUUUUAUGUUAACUUUUCUUUUAACUUCUUAGGACCAAACAAGGGGCAUAACGUACAAACAAUCCCGCGAUAUGAAGUGAAUGACAAAAUAUUUUGCCUUUAUUUGACUGCAAAAAGAGACACGUACUUUGUGAUUCUUAUUUAUUAGUUAAAAACAAACAAACAAAAAACCUAAUAUGUAUAUGAGUGUAUGUAAAGACAGGCCAUAUAUGAUGGAAGAUUGAGAAGCUUGACUACCUAUUUUCAAUGAUUCUAAUUAAUAAAUUACAUUUUGGCAUGA